GCCAAUGAGACAAAUUCAAAAGUUUAUCGCCUCAUAUAGCAAAUUAUAGUCUCCGAAAUUUAAAUUAUUUUUGGAUUCAACUUUCGAAAAUCACACCAAAAAACGAAAACGGCAGUUUUUUGAAAAUUGACAUUAUUAAAAUCGUUAUUUAUUCUACUGAUUGUAAGCCUCCUUUACAAAAUAACUUGAUAUAUAUUGUAAAAAAAAUAUAAUUCAAUGACCUUUUAUGUGAUUCAAAUAGUGGGUCGAUAGAGCAACCGCUGCUUUUAAUAUCAUUGUUCUAAGCCAUGGUUGCUUAACUUCUGAUUUGAAUCUAAAGACUUUUGGCCAAAAAUGGUCUAUGAGAGUUCAAAUAAUAUUUCUCCGUGGAAAACACUCGGUCGUAAUCCUGUCGUUACAAUAUCAAUACCCCCACUUUAUUCGCCCCUAAUCCUGUAUUACCAAUGACAUUUCAAUUUUAAGCUCUAGCCGUUUAGGUUAUUUAAGUUUAAAACCCUAGCUUUGGAUUCAGAACAAAAAGUUCAACCUAAAUAUUUGGCCGUGUCGUGCUAGUCUCCAUAAAUCCUUUAAAAAAUCUAGUCAAGCAUUUUGAUCAGGUAAUCAGAAAAUUAAAAUUAACUGAAGGUGAUAAUUCAAUAAAAAAUGCAAAAACUAAAAGUAAUUGAAGGCGAUCAUUCGAUUAAAAAAUAAAAAAAUAACGCUCAAUAAUGAUUGAAUUUAAAAGCUUUUGUUUAUCUGUCACGCUCUCCAAAAUGUAAUUACAAAACCGUCAAGCUCUUAUUAGUUUGUUUGUCACAAAAUGAAGUUUCGGUACUUGCUUGUUAUCUUUAUUUUAACUUCAUAUUACCGAUAUCUUAAAUCAGAUUUGGAUUCAUACCCUCAAAGUUUCUACAUGCCCGGAAAAAUUAUGCUCGGCGGGCUUUUUCCAGUUCACGAAAGCGAAAAAUCUGGAAAAUCGUUCUGCAAAGAUACGAUUCAAUUUUCACGAGGGAUCCAAAGAAUCGAGGCAAUGAAGUACGCAAUCGAAAAACUCCAACUUGACCACGUGCAUAGCUUACUAGGGGUCAAGGUCGGAGCCCUUAUCAAGGACACUUGUGGUUCUCCGGCCCAUGCCCAGAAACAGUCCCUGGAUUUCAUAAUGGCCUCGUUGUCGCGAACAGUGUCUGGCAAGUUUGUGUAUGUGGCGGAGCCUUCCCAGAAACCAGAGCCCUUUCCCGCAGUCAUAGGAGCUAGUUCAUCGUCAGUGUCAAUUCAAGUGGCCAACUUGUUAGGGUUGUUUCACGUUUCACAGGUGAGUCCGGCGUCUACUGGGCAUGGGCUGAGUGACAAGAAGGAGUACCCAUUCUUCGCCCGCACUGUGCCCCCCGACAAGUACCAGGCGGCGGCCAUGGUGGAUAUUGUGGCACACUUCAAGUGGACAUACGUUCAUGUCAUGUCCUCUGAGGGUACAUACGGAGAAAAGGGGAUCCAGAUGUUUAGAGAACAAGCAGGGCUGAAAAACAUCUGCAUCUCCGAAGAUAUCCAGCUCAAACCCCGGGAGUCCCUUCGGAACUUUUUCCAGAAGGUCAACUCAGACACUAGAGUUAAGGUCAUUGUCCUUUUCACUGGACUAGAAGACACAAAUCACAUCUUGGAUGAAGCUAAAAGACACCUCAAACGUCCAAUUGUCUGGGUGGGUCCAGAUGCGUGGGGUAAACAGAAGUCAGCAAUGUCUAAAAUAGCUGUCGGAGCAAUCACUAUCACUCUCAAAGCCGACGAAAGCCGAGACUUUACUAGAUACCUCAAGAACCGUCGGCCUUCUCGCGAUGACCCAAAUCCUUGGCUUCUGGAGUACUGGAACCAGUAUUUUCAAUGCAACCCACCAUUGAAUGAGCAGAAUUUGGACUCGGUGUACAAUAAUCGAUACGAGGCAUUGUCUAAUUGCACGAAUGAACAGAACUUGGUCGAUUCGUCGUUCGUUCAGGAUGACAAGGUUCCUUUUGUAAUAAUCGCAGUCGAGGCUGUGUUCCAUGCGCUGUGGAGGACUCUCAACUUGGCUUGUGGAUCUAUCAAUAAUGUGUGUCCUCAGUUCUACGAUGCAAUUGACAACGGGCAGUUCCAUUCUAACCUUCUCAAUGUUUCAUUUUACGGAAUAGACGAUAAGUCAUCCCCGCAAAGUAAGUUUCGCUUCGAUGAAAAUGGUGAUGGGAAAGCAGUGUACAAGAUCUAUAAUCUUCAGGAAACAGAUGGAAAACUCAGGUAUCAAUCUCUGGCUGUUUGGGACGAGGAAACGAGGGAGUUGAAAUUCUAUGGAAAUAGUUUGGAUCCAGCAAAGGGAUUCAAGUUUCCAUCAUUCGAGGAUGUCAUACCAAAGUCACAAUGUAGUGAACCAUGCGAAGCUGGCCAUCAAAAGAUUGAGCAUUCUGUUUGCUGCUGGGUCUGUACUAAGUGUGCUCCGAAUCAGCGUCUGAACAAAACUGGACAUUGUGAGAAUUGUACGCGCGGAUGGUGGCCCACUGAAGAUUUCAAGGAAUGCUUUAAACUAGAAGAGACUGUUAUUCAAUGGAACAGCUACUGGGUGUUGUUUCCUGUUACGCUCUCCAUUGUCGGAAUAGUCUGUACAACCUUCGUAACAGUCACUCUCAUCCGACACAACCAGACGCCUAUCGUCAAAGCCAGUGGACGCGAGUUAUGCUUCAUGAUUCUCACUGGGUGCAUAUGCUGCUAUCUUAAUACAUUCCUACUUGUUGCCCGACCCAGUAGUUUUGCUUGUGGAGCACAGCGUAUUUUGGUCGGCACAUCUUUCUGUAUGCUCUAUGCACCGCUGUUGACAAAAACAAACCGAAUAUAUCGAAUUUUCCAAAGCCCAGAAACAUUCCCUGCGGGACUGCGUUGGAUAAGUCCUGAAUCCCAGCUGGUUAUAACUUCACUGCUUGUGGUCGUUCAAUUAGUCGCGUCUCUGGUGUGGCUUCUUGUCGAACAGCCGGGAACGAGACUGGAAUACACGCCGGCUAUGGACAAAGUUAUUCUGAAGUGUCAAAUUGAUGAGGCCAAGUUCACAAUUUCACUCGUGUAUAAUAUGCUGCUCAUUGUUAUGUGCACGGUUUACGCUGUAAAGACAAGAAACAUUCCAGAGAACUUCAAUGAAGCCAAGUUCAUCGGCUUCGCGAUGUACACCACUUGUAUCGUAUGGCUCGCUUUUGUUCCGCUCUACUUUGGACUCAAAACGGAUUUCCGCAUCCAAAUCUCUACUCUGUGUGUGAGCAUAAGUCUAAGUGCGACAGUAGCCCUCUUUUGUCUAUUCGGACCAAAGCUUUUCAUCAUUUACUUCAAGCCAGAACAAAAUGUGCGCCGCAUUCACAGUCGAACUGCAAUGCAAAGCAGAAACUCAGCUAAGCCGAAGAACAAUCAGAAUCAAGGGCACGUGAGCACAGUGAGUAAGAGUUUGGAAGUUUCGAGAAAGCAAGACACACGAGCUCAAAUCCGUAAAGUUAAGAGUGAAGAGAAAAAAGAAGAGCGAUUGGCCGAUGCUGCCGACGGGGGUUCGGACAUAGAGCGCGGAUCGGACGAUGGAACGAGGCUGCGGAACAAACUGAAAAUGAAUGAAGGGUUCCGAAUGAUUGACAGUAAUACUGAUGAUCGCCCACCUUCUCCGGACUUGACCUAUUCUUUUGCUGCUGCUGCUGAGUCGGACCGAGUGAAUCGGAACAACGUGGCCAUGGGCACGUAUAGCGGCGGCAACCUGCUCACAACUCAUGUCAGUUCAGACGGGGUCAAUCGGAACUCAAUGAGUCACAAGUCAGCCAUGACUUCCUCCAGCAGCGAACACGACAUGCAAGGAUCUUAUUUGUAAUUUGUUGGAGCUUUUUGCAGAUCAUUUAAUGCGAAAUCGAGACAUUUGUAUAUCGUGUAAUAAUUUUUAAAAGCAGAACUACUUAACAGUGGUCUUUUCUACCAGUUUCCCCAAAGUCGUGAAAUUUUUAUCCAAAGUUAUUUGAUCACCAAUUGACUAAAACAGUAUUUAAACUUGAAUUUAAAACCAGAUAGCACACUCAGAAAGUCAAAAUAAAGAAAAAAUUAGUUUGGUACCGCCUGAGAUCAUUUAGACUUUUUUUCUCGUAAAAACGAGUUAUAAUCGGACGAAAUUUGGGAGAAACAAUUUCUGUGACUUCAUUUUUUAAAUCAAUAGAACUAGCCAUAUCUGAUUGAAUAAUUAUUUAUUUGAUUCACAAUCUGAGCAUUUUUGAUGAUCUGAGAUUUUGGGGGUACUAACAAAAGACCCAAUGUCUUCUCUGUAAUUUCUGUUUAUAAUUUGUGUAUUGAUUAGACUCGGCGUAUAUUUGAUCCAAUUGAUUUAAAGUGAAAUAGCAGUUUAGAUGGAAUACGGUUUAGAUGGAUCAUAUUCUAUAAAGAGUCAACGAACGAAGUGCAGACUUUUAUAUAGAUCGCGAUGAUUUUUUUUUUUCGUUUUUUUUUCAGGAAAAGUCUGAAAAUGUUUGGGCUCAAAUUUACUUUUUCGUGGUUUGUCUUUUGAUUUCUUUGUUAGUUCAGUUAAUUUCCUUAGUUUAAAGGAAGGUAAAAUCCACUUUUGAACAGCAAAAAGGUCGCGAACAACGUGAUCGACGUUUAGUUUCGAUAUUGAAAUUUACUUUUCAGAUUUCCCACCAAAAUAGAAAGCUUACUGAUUCAUCAAGU